UACUUUUUGUUAUUUAAAAAAAUUCAAGAAAAAUCACCGGGAAAGGUAGAGGUUCUUUCCCGGCGAUUUUAAUUUCCCGGGAAAAUAAUAUUAAUUCAAUAAUCAGUUAAUCACGACGCACGAGUUGUACUUAGACGCGCAAAGUCACACGACGUCGUUGGACGUCAUACAAUACAUGUACGAGCGAGGAUUGGUGGUCUCAUGGUCUCUGGAAUUGACCAUUGACUGACGUUGCCGUGUCGUCCGUUUCGUGAGAUGUUGCAAUAGUAGUGUGAGCAAACGUGAACAAACGCCAGCCAGCAAAGCUGCACUCUGUAUGUGUGCAUGGAGUGUGAUAAGUGCAAGUUUGCUGUCUAUGGAUCAUUGAAAUCAUUCCUCGCGACUCGCAACGAAGCGUCGCGGAUCGACCUCGUUUUCUCAGAAUCUUUCCGACGCUUCCCGCGCGCCGACCUUUAACUGGCCCUAAAGUCGAGUCGAGCCGAAUUGCUCCGAAUAUUCUCGUCGCGUGUUCUCCGAGGGACGCAGUGUACACGGUAUUCUCGUUGAUUCUCGUGUGAUUUGAGUUGAUCGACAAAAAGAACAAGAACGAAGACGACAACGAUAAGAACGAGAGGUGCGAGAUGCACCGGCGUUAAUCGACGGAAAAGUCGCGUCUUGAGUCGAUGAGACCGAACGAUAGGAAAGGGUAGCAGAAUCAGGCACGUCGGUAUGCAGAACAACGACAUCGAGAAGACGCACACCGCCACGGAUCGCGACGACGAGGCGUCGAAUAGCGACGGCGCCACCGAGGAAACCGUCGGAGAUCGCGACGAUGAGGCGACGAGUCACGACGGCGUUGAGGAAACCUCCGCGGAUCGCGAGAGUGACGAUCCGAAUCGUGGCGAGGGUAUCGUCGCGGAACCUACCGUCGACGACGAAGAUCCGAAUUGCGACACCGAACAAGCUGUUGAUGUUACCAGCGCGGAUCGCGAUGAUAGGGAUCGCAAGGAUACGCGGAAGUCCGUAUCGAAGAAGGGAGACUGUGUUUGGACCAUGUAUCUCCCAUCCACCUCGGGGAAGGAGACACUGGCCGUUUCAAACAAUAAUUACGGCUGCGAACACUACAAGCGAAAAUCCAAAUUCGUGACUCCAUGCUGCAAUAAGGUAUAUACCUGUCGGUUUUGUCACGACGAGCAAGAGGCACACACAGUGAAUAGGAAAGAAGUUACAGAAUUAAUAUGUGUUCUUUGCGAUACUCGUCAACCUGUUCAAGCUACUUGUCAGAAUUGUCAUUGUCAAUUUGGCAAAUACACAUGCUUAGAAUGCAAUCUUUUUGAUGACGAGGAUAAGAAUCAGUACCAUUGUGACGGAUGCGGAAUAUGUAGAGUCGGUGGUCGUGACAAAUUUUUUCAUUGUGCUAAAUGCAACAUGUGCUUGCCCAUCCAGUUACAAAACGGGCAUACAUGCAUAGAAAAUGUAUCGCAUUCCAAUUGUCCCGUGUGUUUGGAAGACAUUCACACGAGUCGCAUACCAUGUCACAUUCCCGAUUGUGGACACCUGCUUCACCGUAUGUGUUUUGAGGAAUUAUUGAACUCGGGACAUUACGCUUGCCCGUCCUGUCAAGUGUCACUCUUAGACAUGACAGAUUUGUGGAAAUAUCUGGACGCGGAAGUGUCGCUGACACCAAUGCCGGAGGAAUAUAACGACUGUAAAACCGAUAUCUUAUGUAAAGACUGCCACGAGGAAUCUACGGUAAAGUUUCACAUCGUCGGAUUGAAGUGCUUAAACUGUGGUAGCUACAAUACCUGUAGGAUAAAAGGUUCCCCUUGUUCAGAUCCCGAUGCUCUGAACGAAGCAGCUGGUAUUACAGAAGAGAAAGAGGGAUCGUAAAACCAAAGUUCGGAAUAUUAUCCGAAAUUAUCCAACGAUCAUGGAAGGAAUAUACUAUAGUAGUAAUGAUAGGAGAGUAUUUUAGAAUUUUAUCUUUAUUUCUUUUUUGUAGCAAAUUGCACUUUUUUUGCCUUCGUAGUACCUUUUGAAAUAGUAUUUUUUUGUUUAACCGAAGUUAAUAUAGUAAAAAUUAAAUAUCUGUUAAAUGUGUGUGACCACUAAUAUUAUCAAACUAAUGCAUAAUAUGCUUUCGAUGAAUGAUUUUAUGACGCUGUAGCACAA